CUUCAAACAAACCCCCACCACAAAUGCCUCACACCAACCCCCAUCAAACCAAAAGAAUCAACCUUCUCCCCUCCAACGACUCCCGAAACCCACAGAGACAACCUAAGCGACAUCCUCAGCGACAGCGACAUCAGUAUGCUCGACCUUGGCCCAAGCCUCUCCGCUCGCAACACCUCUUGCUACCAGUCACCCAGCACAACCAAGGCCCUCACCCUAGACGCCAAGCAAGCCUCCUCACCCAUUUCACCGACCACCGGACAUGGGUAUUUACAGAACGACCCAACUAUGGCCCAAGACCUAAAGACUCGAUAUACUGCCACAUACCCGUCAAUGAAAGAUACAACACAGAGAGCGGAUAUCACGCCUAAGAAACUCAAGAUGAGGGCUGGGUCUGUGAGGGGUGCUUUGAGAACUUUUUCGUCGCCGCUUUUGUCGCCUUUGAGGAGUGGUACUGGGAAGGUUGGGAGGCCGGGUGUUAGUCGGACGAAGACUUCGUUCAGGGGUGUUGGCGGCGUAUUGGAGCGUUGAGAUGGGGCCUUGUUCUGCUUGGAUUGGAAGGUUUACCGGAUGGAUGAGUUGAUAUUGGGAAUGGGCAUUUCAGCGUUUGGUGAAGAUGUGAUGGGGUCUUGAGGCGUUGGUGAUUUGUUACCUGGACUUUUGCUACUAUUGCUCUCUUUUGUUGUGGCUUGGUUAGAUAUUAGUGGUGAUUGCUGACGGACCGCGGUGGGUUGCUUAGGGUAUGGGCGGUUGAUGCAUAGGCGCAUUUGAACACUGUUGCCAGAGGUUGGGAGAAGAUACUGAAGUGGAUUUUUGUAGGGGUAAGGCUUAUUGUCAAGUCCAGAAAUCCUUCCAUGAUUCAUAUCCUCCAAUUAUAUGUGCAUGCUAAAGAUCAAGCAUUGGUAGCUGCAGUGUCAUCGAGUAACUAUUAACUUACACUAUUAACCCUUGUCUUGAUUAUUCACAUAAUUUAAGUGUUAAAGCCGAGUUGCCUCUCGCGGAAGCCAUUCCGCUAAAACGUAUCAGUAGGAUUUGUUUUUUAUCUAGAAGAGCGGAAUUUGCUUCACGGACGAAAAUAUAACAACUGCAAUGAAGAUAUUUUGUCGAAA